AUGGCUCAGAUCCGUUCGAUGGAAGCCCGCGUUGGGCGGAAGAAUCAACGUUACGGUUCCAAAGGCGAACGUCUGGUCGCAGGUGUCGUCCCAUUGUCGGCCGAUAAAACCAAAGUCCUUAUGAUCCAAUCCGCAGGACCCGGAGGCUGGGUACUGCCCAAGGGUGGAUGGGAACUUGAUGAGAGCACGGCCCAACAGGCCGCGUGCCGUGAAGCCUGGGAAGAAGCGGGUGUCGUCUGCACCGUCAAUAAGGAUCUGGGAUUGAUCCCGGACAUGCGACCCUCUGGUCUCUUGACCGCACAAGCACCCAAGGCCUCCUACCAAUUCUUCGAGGUGACGGUCGACCGCGAGGAAAUCGAAUGGCCCGAAAUGCACAAGCGAAAACGGCAAUGGGUCGGCUAUGCCCAGGCGGCCGCGGCCCUGGCAAAUCGACCAGAGCUGCUGGAAGCGCUGAACCGCAGCUCAUUAAAGCGGUAG